AUGUCUGCUUCCUCCACUUCGAUUAGUUCGCACUUGAAUAAACUUGAGAAAGCUGAGCAAACUAUCGAGGCCAACCCAGACGUCAACCGCACCCCGCCCGAUGGAGGCGCCAAAGCAUGGGCUUGUGUCGCAGGCUCUUUUCUUCUUCAAUUUUGCUCGUUUGGCUAUGUGAAUGCCUGCGGUAUAUUCCAGCUCUAUUAUAAGGAAUCAUUACUCAACGGCCAGUCAUCGUCUGCCCUUGCUUGGAUCACCACACUACAGAUCUUUCUUCUCUUCAUGUUCGGCCCUGCCAUCGGCAAACUUGUUGACGUCUUCGGAUGUCGAAAGAUUCUGCCACCCUUCAGCAUCCUGGCUAUCUUUUCGGUGUGCAUGUUGAGUCUUUGCACGACCUACUGGCAGGUCGUGCUAGCUCAAGGUGUUUGUUUUGGUCUAGCCGCCGCAGGACUCUGCAUUCCAGCUAUGGCUAUCGCAACACAAUGGUUCUCCACCAAGAGAGGAUUGGCUGUUGGAAUUGUUUCGGCAGGGAGCAGUUUAGGCGGCGUCAUAUAUCCGUGCGUUAUUCCACGGUUGAUUGAAGAAGUCGGUUUCGCUUCCGCUGUUCGUUGGACUGCCCUCUUGCAGGGUGUCCUUCUCUUAGUGGCCAACUUACUUUGCUCGUCUCCUUUCCCGCCUGUGGGCAAAGGAGAUACUAAAACAGAUGCUGCAUCAAGCUCAGGAUUCAAAGCAUUCAAGAGUUGGGCAUGGAUGUUCUUCGUCCUCGGAUGCUUCUUCACCAUGUGGGGCUUGUUCGCGCCCCUCAACUACCUCCCAGAGAUGGCCUCCCUACACGGAAUAACAGAUUUUGCGCAAUAUACCCUUGCCAUUGCAAAUGCUGGAUCGCUGGUGGGUCGAAUUGUACCAGGUUGGGCUAGUGAUCGGGUUGGACAGUUCAACACUAUGUGCCUGGUCACAUUCUUGUCGGGUAUCUUGGUCAUCGCAUUUUGGUUGCCUCUUGAAUUCCACCCCUCGAAGCCAGGAGUCGUCAUAUUCGCACUACUCUAUGGCUUCGUCAGUGGCGGGUUUGUAAGCCUAGGCCCUCCGUGCGUCGUUUCUCUUGCCGAUGGUCGAGUGGAUGAAAUUGGUUUAAAGUUAGGUGGCUUUUGCUUGGGCAUCGCGCUUGGAGCUCUGACUGGUUUGCCUAUCGAAGGUGCCAUCAAAGAUAAGGAGGGAGACACUUUCACGGGUCUCAUGUGCUUCUCAGGAGCUUCCAUGAUCCUCGGAGGAUUCUGUGUCCUGGCCGCCCGAAUUCAAAAAGGGGGCUCGCAGCUGUGGAAGAUAGUCUGA